GGCUGCUCCUAGGGUAGCCACUGUUUACACGCUUUACGAGUUCGGCGCUGUAGUCCUUUCCUCCUCGCGGAAGAACGCGGUGGCGCGGCGCCUUUGACACGCACGCCGCCCGGUGCUGGCGUUACUGCACGCAAGUGGAGAGAACAGGAUGGGCCUUUAUCGUUUGUUUAGAGGUGGUUACGGCGUUCGCGAAUUUUCAGCGGCCACGCGAAGACAAGAAAACGUGUUUGUAACCAAAUGCGCGCACGUGGUUCGCCGGAUUUGACGGUGUUUAUCUCUCGACGUCAUCGCCGCGAGCUUUUAAAACCGGGACACGCGGAGUCCAUCCGCUCCACAGAAAACCCGGACAUCGACGCAGGACGGUGGUCGCAACACUCGCACGGCGGAGCCUGAACACAGAGCGUCAAAUCAACGCCCGAAACGCAUCGCACAACAUGGCCGCUGGGAAUCUCCGCAGGCGGCUGACCAUGCUCGUAGGCGUCACCCUUCUGUACGUGGUUGCCAUGGCAGCAGGGGCGGUGGCACUCGCGGUGACCGACGUGCGGCCGUCCAUCGAGCAAGCCGAACAGCGGGCACGCGAGCUGACCGAGAUACUGGCCAGCCUCAAGACCACAAUUCUUCCUCGGCACUGCACCGACCUUCUCGGCGCCGGACAGCGGUCGAGCGGCGUGUACACAGUGUUCUACAAGGGUGCUGGUCCUUCCGGACAGAGCGUCUACUGCGACAUGGACACUGAUGGUGGAGGCUGGACGGUCAUCCAGAGGCGAGGCCAGUUCGGCAACAGAGUGUACCACUUCUACCGCAACUGGACCGAAUACGCUCGAGGCUUUGGUGAUCCAUCUCAGGAAUACUGGAUUGGCAACAACGCGCUUAAUGCGCUGACGUCGGGCGACCAGACCAUGGUUCUGCGUGUGGUCCUAAGCAACAGCACGGAUGACAGCGCAUCGGUGGACUACGAAAGCGUUCGGGUGGAUCCCGAGAGCGAUCUCUACAGAAUACACCUCGGAAAGUUCUCCGGACCGGAAGGUUGGGACUCCAUGGCGAUAUCGAACGGCCAGAACUUCUCCACCCACGACCGGGACAACGAUCUGUGGCCCCAGAACUGCGCCUCGACCUUCCGGGGGGCCUGGUGGUACAACAGUUGCCACUCGGCCAACUUGAACGGCCUCAACCUGAACGGGCCGCACGAGAGCUUUGCCGACGGAAUCGAGUGGAGUCUGCGAGGCUCCUCGACCCCGCUCCACUACCACUCCUACCCCAGCGUUAAAAUGAUGAUACGACCAGUGGAAACGGCGCGUUUCUUGCUGCGCGAGUAACCAUGGAGCGCAGAGGCCAUUUGCACAGAGUCCGCCUCCCUCCGUCAUCAGAAAAACCCUUGAUCUCCCUGUCACUUUCACAUCACUCGAAGGAAGCUAAAUAUAAGGAUUACGCUCGGUUGGUAUUGUCCAUGUUUCUGCAAUUGCAAAUAGCUCGCUGUUACCGUAAACGUUGCUGUGGCAAAACAGAGAUUGCUCAAAAACUAGAAACGGAUGGCAGCGCCACUUCAAGAUAGGCAUGCCAGCUCACCGUGAAUGUGUUGAGAAGGCAAUAAUGGCAGUUCAGGAAGCAAGAUACUUUCCCUGUCUUGUGAUUCAACAGAAACGGAAACAGAAUUUCAACACGUAAAGUCACAUCAGUGCUAAAUAAGAAGCCCUUUUUCUGGUUUUCUGAUAAGACAUACGCUUCCACUGAGAAAAAAACAAACAAAAAAACAGGAUGAUUUUUUAAAUACUUACACAUCCGUCUAGAGGGUUUCAGCCCUUGUCUUUAGUGUACCUUUGAGUGUUAUAUGGGAACGAUUUUGUCAUAAUCACACUCUUUUUCUACGAACAAACUUAAGUGCACGUCUCCCGUAUGUUUGUAAACGACAGGGGAUAGGUCAACCACAAAAGUUUACGGACCACGGUAUCUGAGAGAAAGCUGAAUAUUUCCGCAGCCUCACGACGCAACCCGCUAUUCGCCUUUCCAGCCUCUACUGGUACAGACGAAAAAACAUUGCGACGUACGGUUUUACUGUCUUCUCGGAAAUUCAACGUUUUCUGAGAUCCCGCGGUCCGUAAAAGUUUGUGGUCGAGUGUACAAUCCCCCGUGCACUUAUUUAGGGCACAUGAGCGGCCUGCAGCAGCGCAUGUCCACGCCAUCAAGUGGAGGUCGCUUUUCUUCUGAAGUAGGAUUCCUCUUCAGCAAAGCAGUGUAUAACCGGCGGGCUACCACUAACCGCGCCGCCUCGUGCGCAGCAAAAGCAACUGUUUCGGUAUAGGCGAAGGCCACGUGAGGACCAGAGGGCGCACCUUGUCUUUGCACCUCGAUGACUACUGAGGCUCACCUGGCACAGGGCGGCGGUGUGGCAAGACGAAGGCGCAUCGCGUUGCGCAGCCAAUUGCAUUGCGAGGAGCAUGAGUGGCAGGCGACCAGCCCCAUCUGGCAUCGUAUGCCCAACUCUAACUUGUGGGCUACGGUAAACGGCGCAAACGUGUCCCUGCGUACCCCGAUCCCGUGUUCUAUAGAGAAGUGUGGCGCGUGCAGUACGUGCACUGUGAAGCUAACGCCGCCGCCCGCACUUGAUUUUUCGCGCAUGUGAAGAAGAAGGCCUUCCUCGAAAAAGGUGUGACUAUCAAGACGUUUAGCCAAUAAAGA